AUGUUUGUGAUUUACACUGACCACUGUCUCCACAGUCCAAAAUACAUUAUAGUUUUUAAUUUGGCUGUGUCUGACUUGUGUGGAAGCACUGCAGCCAUUCCUCCGGUGAUUGACACCUUCCUCUUGAAAUCACAUAUAAUCUCUUUCAAGGCCUGCUUGACUCAUAUGUUUUUUGGUUUUUGGUUUGUCACCAUGGAGUCUCUGACUCUCACUGUUUUGUCCUAUGAUAGGUAUGUUGCUAUAUGCUUUCCACUGAGAUACAAUGAGAUUGUGACAAGUACUUCAAUGUUGGUGAUCACAGCCACAUUAUGGAUUUCAGGAGGAGUGAUCAUGCUUGUAGCUGUGAUUUAUGUCAGCAGACUGUCAUACUGCAAAACCAAUGUGAUAAACAGUUAUUUCUGUGAUCACGGACCCAUGCACAUUUUGGCGUGCAAUGACAACACUCCAAGUUUCGCCCUUGUACUGGGCUCUACCAUUCACCAGAACGCCAGGAUCCUUAAUAUGUCACUAGCUACUGUCUUGCCACCUAUGCUGAAUCCAAUCAUUUACUCUCUGAAGACAGAUGAAUUCAGAGAAUCCAUUCAGAAGCUUUACAGAAGAAGGAAGAUACACAUCAAUGGCAGCAAUAAGUGA